AUGAAUAUCAAUGAGCCUCGACAUGGCGGUGGUUUCGUACUACCAUUUUUCAACGACAGCAAAAGGUCGCGAAAGCCUCAUGCCGGCAGAGAUUCAUUGAAGUCAAAUCGAAUCCCUCUCGUUAAUUGGAUACCAGAUACAACCCGAAAUCAUUUCGUGGCAACAAUGGCAGAGUUCGCGGGAACGACCCUCUUUCUCUUAUUUGCUUUCUCAGGCACCCAAGUAGCUCUGUUAGCAACGCCGGCCAAUAGCUCGAACGUCGUUUUCUUCCGUAUAAGUGGUGGCCUUUUCAACCCUGCCGUCACAAUGGGCAUGUGUCUUGUCGGAGCUCUCCCAUAUUUGCGGGGUCUUCUUUUAUUUUUUGCUCAAAUACUCGGUGGCAUAGCAGCAGCUGCUAUUGUUUCUGCUCUUUUUCCUGGUCCCAUAACCUUCACCACUAGUUUGGGAGGCGGCACAUCGAUUGUUCGAGGUCUCUUUAUCGAGAUGUUCCUUACCGCUGAAUUAGUUUUUACGAUCUUUAUGCUUGCAGCUGAGAAACAUAAAGGGACCUUUAUUGCACCGAUUGGUAUAGGUCUUGCUCUAUUCAUUGCAGAACUUACCGGCGUCUACUUCACUGGCGGAUCCGUCAAUCCCGCCCGUUCCUUCGGCCCUUCAGUCGUCAGCGGUCAAUUCAGCGGUUACCAUUGGAUCUACUGGGUCGGACCUAUUCUUGGCGCCAUCCUCGCAUCAGGCUUCUACAAAUUCAUCAAGAUGCUCGAAUACGAGACUGCAAAUCCAGGUCAAGACGCAGGACGCGUUGGCGAAGUGUUUGACCCAGAAGCUCAAGCUAUCAAAAAUCGAGUCAGUUUCGCGAGUGAGGGGAUGGUGGGUAGAGAACUUGAUGAAAGUGGUGCAUCUCAGGUUCAUGGAAACGGAAAUCAUUUCAAGGCGCCACAAGAAUAUGGGACUAAGAGAAGACCGUUUAGUGAUAGUCCUGCCCCACCUAAUCCGAAUGAUCAAUUUGCAGGGUUGAGUGAAGGGGGGAUGCAUGCGGAUGAAUUUGCUAAUGGGAAUGGUGUUGGUAUUCAUGGUGGGGAGGGAGCAGUGCACAGGAAUAAGAGAGAUAGUGAAGGAACCCUUGUGGAAAAUGGGAAGAAAGGCGCUUUGAAGGCUGGCACGGGUGGUGCGUCUGUGGGAGGUACGAAUGAUAAUUUGAGAGAUAAUACGCAGAAUAAUCAGAGGAUUGGUCAGGAGACGGGAGCGCAGAGUGGGGAGUUUUAUGAUAAAUGA